AUGAAUGCCACUCUUCUCCUCCUCGCCGCAAUUGCUGCCACCGCCAUUGCCGCCCCCGCCGCUAAACCUGAAGCCGACGCUGACGCUGGAAGGUGGGGUAACGAGGGAAACGCCGAUUGGAAGCGCGAUGCCGACGCCGGGAGGUGGGGCAACGAGGGUCCCGCCGAUUGGAAGCGCGAUGCCGACGCCGACGCCGCAGGGUGGGGGAAUGUCAAGGGCCCUGCCCACUGGAAGCGCGACGACGUUACAUCCUAA